UCUGUAUAUACAUGUGCAUGCAUGCUUGUGUGCAGCAGGGGUGUGUUUUUUCUUCCUCUCUCUUUUUGCACUUCUUGCAUGCCUGUCACUGACUUCUGCUGAGGCGAGCGGGAAGCUUUUGCAGAAGAGGAGCUGCAAAACAAGAGGUACACGUUAUCAUUCGCAGGUGCUGGUCUGACCAUGGCCUCCUCCAAACUGAGCGUGCUGCUGCUGUUACUGGCUGUCGCCGUGGUAACGGUGCUGGCCCAGAGGAAGCGCCCGACCUCAAAGACCAACGAUGAGUGGAACUACAGGGAUGGCUCUGAGAAGGUUAGCAUGCGUGGCGUGGCCAACCUGACCCAGGUUUUGGACAACUGGAGGUUCGACAUCCUGAACCAGAUGAAGGGACUCCUGCAGAACGACCACCAGUCUCUGCUGCCGGACUACGCCAGGAUCCAGCCACUGUCUGAGGCUUUAGACGACCUCUUCAAGGAGUUCAACGCCCUCAAAACUCACCUGGGCGACCUGACAGAGAAGUUUACCGCCAUUGAAGCUUUCAUCGACGAGGUCAAGGCCAGUCGUGCCAACAGCGCCGGCGCCGGCCCCGGCCCCGGCCCCGGCCCCGCUCCCGCUCCUGCCUCUGAUCCCGCACCAGUUCCCGCCACGAUCCCCAGGCAGGCCGGGAGGAGGGUGCUGAGGAAGAAGCCAUCCACCGCCUCCUCCUCCUAAACAGCUUCUUCUCCUCUGAUGUCUGCUUCUUUGUCUUUAUCUUUUCCGACAGAUCUGGCACUCUGAAGCUAAUCCUCCAUUAACUUCAUUGUUAACAGAUCAUGCGUUCUACACGGCAUGUUUUCUGACAAGUAGAUUGACACGAUGAUGGGGACAAUCCUCGAAGCGCGCAAUUAGUCAUAAAAUUUGCUAAGUUGUCAUCAGUGGUUCGCAGGUGUGUAGUCAGAACUUGUGUCAGGCUUCAUACACUGAGGGGCACUUAUUCAAUUCAUGUUAGUUAAUAAUUAAUUGCAAAAUAAUUGUUUGUGCGCAAUUGACUAAGUGGCCGUACCAACCUUCUAAAAGGGUUGAAAAUUUAAAUUAGGUGUUUAAUAUAAAGUUCCCCAUGGCUUUUGAAUGACAUCUUGUUCAGGUCUGCCUGUGUCUGUAUUAUCCGAGCAUGACUGACAAUGCUGGUUUGGUCCACUGAUGCGUCUAAAUAAACCCGCUUUCAUCGCAUUCA